AUGGACGUCCCAGGUUUUGCUUUAAUCACAGGUGGUGCUUCCGGCAUCGGCCGUGCAUGUGCCAGAGCAUUCGCCAGAGAUGGCUCUGCCGGUAUCGCCCUUGCUGAUCUCAAUCUUGAAGCCUUACAAGCCGUCAAGUCCGAGAUCGAACAAGAGAAGCUAUCACCGAAAAGUGAUUUUCGAAUUGAGCUCUACCCUGCGGACGUCACAGACGAGAACCGAAUCAAUGAACUGGUCGACGACAUGGUUCAGAAAUUUGGUCGUAUAGACUAUGUCGUUAAUGCGGCUGGCAUCGCUAUAAAGCAUCAAGGCGGAGCAGCAUUUGCUCAAACAGAUGACUGGAACCGUGUUCUGAACAUCAAUCUCAACGGCACAUUCUUUGUUCUUAGAGCUGCUGCGAAAGUCAUGCUCAAGCAGGAUCCUAUCAAGUCAUCCAUCAACGGAAGGAAUCUACAGCGUGGCUCCAUUAUCAACUUUUCUUCUAUCCAGGGCGUUGUCGGUAUUCCAUUGUCUACUUCGUACACUGCGGCAAAACACGCCAUUAUUGGUCUCACACGCUCUGCAUCGGAGGAUUAUGCAAAAGACGGACUACGCAUCAAUGCAAUUUGUCCUGGGUAUACUGAAACGCCAAUGACGACAAAGAAUCCCGAUGUACUCAAGGCGAUGCAGGAGAGAAUAUCUACGGCGGUUCCUAUGCAUAGAAUGGGACAGCCUGAGGAGAUUGCGGAUGGUGUUUUGUAUUUGGCUGGGGGCAGAAGCUCUUUUGUUACUGGAUCAGCUUUGGCUGUUGAUGGAGGUUAUACUCAAAGGUGA